GUCCCAGCUGGGUAGCUCAAGGCAAGACACGCAGCAGCACUCUGCUUUGCAUCUUGCUUCUAUCUGCUAAUUAACCAGCUGCGAGAGACUGUCGUCAUGGCUAAUCGACCCUGCGCAUCAGCUGCGAGGUGCAGCAGCACCGUCGCUCUCCUGUUGCUCCUCGCGCUCGCCGGCACCUCGUCGGCGCAGCUGUCCACCAGCUUCUACUCCUACUCGUGCCCCGGCGUGUACGACGCCGUCAAGUCGGUGAUGCAGUCCGCCAUCGCCAGGGAGAAGCGCGUCGGCGCCUCCAUCGUCCGCCUCUUCUUCCACGACUGCUUUGUCCAAGGGUGCGACGCCUCGUUGCUGCUGGAUGACACGCCGAGCUUUCAGGGCGAGAAGAUGGCGAACCCCAACAAUGGGUCCGUGAGAGGGUUCGAGGUCAUCGACGCCAUCAAGUCCGCCGUCGAGAAGGCCUGCCCCGGCGUCGUCUCCUGCGCCGACAUCCUCGCCAUCGCAGCUAGGGACGGCGUCGUCAUCCUGGGCGGGCCGAGCUGGGACGUGAAGGUCGGGAGGAGGGACUCGACGACGGCGAGCUUCACCGGAGCCAACAACAACAUCCCGCCGCCGACGUCGGGGCUCGCCAACCUCACCUCCCUCUUCGCCGCGCAGGGCCUCUCCCAAAAGGACAUGGUCGCACUCUCUGGUGCUCACACCAUAGGCCUAGCACGUUGCACAAACUUCAGAGCUCACGUAUACAACGACACCAACAUCGAUGGCGCCUUUGCAAGGACAAGGCAAUCAGGCUGCCCGAGAACGUCAGGUUCAGGCGACAAUAACUUGGCACCUCUAGAUCUUCAGACCCCAACCGUCUUUGAGAACAACUACUACAAGAACCUCCUGAGCAAGAAGGGGCUUCUACACUCUGAUCAGGAGCUCUUCAAUGGAGGAGCCACCGAUGCACAAGUCCAAUCGUAUGUUGGUAGCCAAGCCGCAUUCUUCGCGGAUUUUGUGACAGGCAUGAUCAAGAUGGGUGAUAUUACGCCAUUGACGGGCUCCAAAGGCGAGAUCAGGAAGAACUGCAGAAGGAUCAACUAAGAGGAAAUGUGCACCACUAUUAUUGAGACUUUUUCAGUCACGUUCAGCAAGUUAAUUUGUAACUCUCGACGAUUUUUGUUUCCACAAUUGUGAAAUCAUUAUGUUGUGUCCAUGUGUUCGUUCACCUGCAUGUCGGUUUGUUUAAUCAAAUAAUGAAUGUAUCGCCUGUUCUCUACGGAGUCUUUCUUUGGCGUCCAA